GCUCAAGCAGCUUAGAGUGGAGUGGAAGAACUGUCCGCACUGCGCUGUCCCUCAUGACCGGGGAGUUGUCGGAACUGGAGAUGGGACGUCAGGAGAUGGCACAGUGGAACGAGCUCAUGGAGGCACAGAAGACACUGGAGUUUGCGCAGAAGCGCGAGCGCGAGACCCCAACGGAGGACACCUCCAGGCCACAAAAGACCAACAAAGGCGAUCGGGGGGGCAAAGGCAAGGGAGGCUCGUCAAAGCCUCAAAGCGCCGCGAAGGACAAGCAGACUGCCCCGCCCAAAGACCUGACGAGCGUCGUUCGGAUGCUCACAACUGUAGUCAUACGCCAGGAGGAUCAGCUGCAGCUGUUUCGCCAGGAUUGUGCGUACGUUCUGUUCAUGCAGACAAGCGCCCCCCUGGCAAUCCUAACCCAGCUGUUCAACUUGGGUCAGUCGUGGAACGAAAAGAAGUCGCAGGACCCA